AAUAAAUAGCCCCGCAGACUUAUGAGAGAAGUUGUUGUAUAUUGUCUGCACAAAGCAGAGUUGUCUUCCAGGGCUGCUGGAGCUAUGUUUCAAUAUCGAUAAAGUCGUGACGAGACGAUAGCUUAUAAAAUUAACAGUGUGCACAAACGAUAAUAAGAGUUGUGAGUGAAAACACGACGCUCACACGAAAGCAACGAGAAAGGUAAAGACUGCAAGAAACCGGCACUGAUGAGCGUAUCGGCCACAACGGGCGGCGCUGCCGGCGACAACAAUAACAAAAACAAUAAAAAAAAUUACACUAAACUGCCGCCAGCCGCGCUGGACGAUCUCGUAAAAUAUGUGACAUUACACGUGCGCAAACCGACGCCGCUAAGUGGCGUGGUAUUGCCCUUUGUCCCCCUCUAUCUGACCGCAUUUUAUCUAUGGAUCUACGUGUACAAAAGCCACGACAUCGAGGCUGUGCAGGAAACGGCAGCAGCUGCAACAAACACGAAUGAAGUGCAGCCACUCGACAAUGCAGCGAAUGCCGCGUGGAAUGAUAUCGGCUUCAUAGCUGUGGUGGCCAUUGCAUUUCUUCAUGUGCUCACACUGCUCUUUUGCUACUGGAGCGUACAUGUACUGGCAUUUCUCACCUGCCGGCGCGUCAAGCAGCCGGCGCCGGGCGUUCUGGCCAAAGUAGUACCCACAGCGAACAAUGGCAACUCCAAGAUAGUGCCCAUACGCAGCCUUAAGCUGGAGGAUGGCCAGCAGCAAUACUAUCUGGUAUUCCAGAAGACCAAAUACGUGUGGGAUCCGGAUAAAGCGAUAUUCCGUGCGGUUGAGUUUCCUGUGAACAAACUGUUGAGUACGUAUGCCAGCUCCCGUGGCCUGGAGACGGAGCAGUCAAUUAAGACAGCUAUGCAGACCUAUGGCAACAAUGAAAUGGACAUGGUUGUGCCCGAAUUCCAUGAGCUGUUCAUAGAGCGCGCCACAGCGCCGUUUUUUGUAUUCCAAGUAUUCUCAGUGGGUCUGUGGUGCAUGGACGAUUUCUGGUAUUAUUCGCUAUUCACGCUCUUCAUGUUGAUCGCCUUCGAGUGCACAAUUGUUAAGCAGCAACUGCGCAACAUGUCCGAGAUACGUAAAAUGGGCAAUAAACCGUAUUUCAUAUAUGCCCUGCGCCAGAACAAAUGGCGUCAAAUCGGCAGCGAUGAGCUGCUGCCUGGUGAUCUGGUGUCCAUAACACGAUCCCAGAACGAUAACAUUGUGCCUUGCGAUGUGGUCGUAUUGCGCGGCACCUGCAUUGUGGACGAGAGUAUGUUAACGGGUGAAUCGGUGCCACAAAUGAAGGAAUCUCUCGAAUCGCUGCAACAGCUCAAUACCGAACUGGAUGCCGAGGGCGAGGGCAAGCUGACAGUGCUAUUUGGUGGCACCAAGGUGGUGCAGCAUACCGCGCCCAGCAAGGAAUCGAUGCGUGCUCCAGACGGCGGCUGCAUUGGCUAUGUCAUACGCACUGGCUUCAACACCUCCCAGGGCAAACUGCUGCGCACCAUACUCUUUGGCGCGAAUCGUGCCACGGAGAAUAAUGCUGAGACUUUUGCAUUUAUUGCCUUUCUCAUGGUAUUUGCGGUUGCGGCCGCUUCAUAUGUGUGGGUCAAGGGCAGCGAGGAUCCGGAACGCAAUCGCUAUAAACUGUUUCUGGAGUGUGCGCUCAUAUUGACCUCGAUUAUACCGCCGGAUCUGCCCAUUGAGCUGACGCUGGCCGUGAAUACGUCGCUAAUUCAGUUAACCAAAUUAUAUGUAUUUUGCACGGAACCAUUUCGCAUUCCGUUUGCGGGCAAAGUGCAGAUUUGUUGCUUUGAUAAGACGGGCACCCUGACCACGGAUAAUCUAAUGGUGGAGGGCAUUGCAGGCCUGUCGCCAAAUGGCAAAUGUGUGCCCAUCGAUGAGGCCGAGGACAACACAAUACAGGUGCUCGCCUGUUGUCACUCGCUGGCGGUACUCGAUGACGGCAUGGUGGGUGAUCCGCUGGAAAAGGCUGCACUCGCUGCCGUCGACUGGAACCUCACAAAAUCGGACAGUGUGAUACCCAAGCGUGGCAAGCUCAAGCCGCUUCGAAUUGUUCAACGCUAUCAUUUCUCAUCGGCACUAAAACGCAUGUCUGUCCUGGCCGGCUAUCUGGUGCCCUUCUCUAACGAAAUCAAAUACAUUGGCGCUGUUAAGGGUGCUCCGGAGGUUAUAAUGGGCAUGCUUAAGGACGUUCCCGGCAAUUACGAGAAGAUUUAUUUGGAAUACGCUCGUCGCGGUGCACGCGUCAUGGCGCUGGGCAUCAAGGAAUUUGGUAAUCUGAGUGGGCAGUCCAUACGUGAGGUGAAACGUGAGGAUGUGGAGUGUGAAUUGAUUUUUGCCGGUUUUGUGAUAAUCUCGUGUCCCAUGAAACCGGACUCGAAGGCUGUCAUAAAAGAGCUUGUCCAAUCGUCGCAUAAGGUGCUUAUGAUUACGGGCGACAGUCCGCUGACAGCUUGUCAUGUGGCCCGGGAGCUGCGCUUUACGAACAAGAAACUAGUCAUACUAACGCCACCACAAAACGAACGCGACGGCGAAUGGAGCUGGGUGUCCAUUGAUGGCGAUCGCACCUAUCCCCUGGACGAUUCCAAGAGCAGCAAGAACAUUUCAAUGCUCCUGUCCGCCAACGAUUUGUGCAUCACCGGCGAGGGAUUACAGUAUAUGCAGCAAGCGCACCAUCAGUACAUGCUCAAGGUGCUGCCCCAGGUGACAGUCUGUGCCCGCUUUGCGCCCAAACAGAAGGAGUAUAUCAUAACGACGCUCAAGCAGCUCGGCUACUACACGCUGAUGUGCGGCGACGGCACCAACGAUGUGGGCGCCCUCAAGCACGCCCAUGUCGGCGUCUCCUUGCUGACCAGCGCACCCGUGAAACGCAAUCGUACCGAAGACGAACUGCGACAAAUAAAUGCAGCUGCAACAGCAGCUGCUGCGGCAGCAGCGGCCAAUCAGCAGCUGUCGCCGCGUGAGCGCGCUUUGCGGCGACGCCAAGAGCAUAUCGAUCGGACGCAGGCGCGUCUACAGAGCGCUCUGCGCGACAUGGAGGAUCAAACAAUGGUUAAGCUGGGCGAUGCAUCCAUAGCGGCGCCAUUUACCAGCAAAUUAUCGUCGAUUAUGUGUGUGAACCACAUCGUCAAGCAGGGUCGCUGCACGCUAGUCACCACGCUGCAAAUGUUCAAGAUUCUGGCAUUAAACGCACUUAUUCAGGCCUACUGCCAGUCCGUGCUCUAUAUUGAUGGCGUCAAGUUCAGCGAUACCCAGGCCACCAUGCAGGGCAUUUUCAUAGCGGCUUGCUUUCUGUUCAUCACACGCUCCAAGCCACUGAAAACUCUAUCAAAGGUGGCUCCACUGCCCAACAUAUUCAAUUUGUAUACCAUAUCGACAAUUCUCACACAAUUCGCGGUACACUUUGGCACACUCUAUUAUCUGACCAGUGAAGCAACGGCGCUGGCGCCACCCAGAGUGGGCAAGGUGAAGCUGUAUAUUGACAUGGAUAAUGAGGAAAAAACGAAAUAUGAUCCAAAUAUUGUCAGCAGCACGGUCUAUAUCAUUUGCGUCUCGCUGCAGGUGGCCACCAUUGCAGUGAACUAUAAGGGCCAUCCUUUUAUGGAAAGCCUGCGCGCCAAUCGCAUGCUAAUGUGUGCCAUUGGCGCCUCGGCUGCCUUGGUGCUGUUCCUCACCACAGGCGUUGUGCCCGGCCUGACGCAAUUCUUCGAAAUCGUCGACUUUCCAGCAAAUUUCCGUCAAACAUUGCUGCUUGUACUCAUAGUGGAUAUUGUUGGUGCCUUUGCACUGGAUCGCAUCUGUUCAUUCCUGUUUGGGGAAACGCGUCGCAAGUCCAAAGUCCUGAACUGUUAAUACUGGUAGGAAUUUAACCACACGACUAAGACAGCAGCAUUCUAAGCGUACCCUAUAUAGCCCCAUAAAAAAUAUGAGUAUAUUUUGAAUAACUUUGCCCACUACUUUUGAUUAAUAUCAAUCAUAAAUUUAUAAGUUGUAACCUAUUAUAUCUUUUCUCGCCACUUGAA